ACGUCUUCCUCUCGUUUGUCUCUCCCCGCCUCCUCCGCAGAAGCCGAGCGCCAAACUCAAACUUUAUCAGGACCCGGACGUUUCUCUCGCUAGUUUCGAGGGCCGGGCCUGUUGGGCGUUUCCGCACACCAGCCGGGGCAGCGAGCCAGCAUGAGCCAAGUUCUGUUCCACCAGCUAGUCCCGUUGCAGGUGAAAUGCAAAGACUGCGAGGAGAGGAGAGUAAGUAUAAGAAUGACCAUUGAACUACAAUCAGUUUCUAAUCCAGUUCACAGAAAGGACUUAGUUAUUCGUCUGACUGAUGACAUGGAUCCAUUUUUUUUAUAUAACCUUGUUAUAUCUGAGGAAGAUUUUCAAAGUUUAAAAUUCCAGCAAGGUCUUCUGGUAGACUUCUUAGCUUUCCCACAAAAAUUUAUAGAUCUCCUUCAGCAAUGUACUCAAGAACAUGCCAAAGAAAUUCCAAGGUUUUUGCUACAGUUAGUUUCUCCAGCAGCUAUUUUGGAUAACUCACCGGCAUUUUUAAAUGUGGUAGAGACAAAUCCUUUUAAGCAUCUUACACACCUCUCACUAAAACUUUUACCUGGAAAUGAUGUGGAGAUAAAGAAAUUUCUAGCAGGCUGUUUGAAAUGUAGCAAGGAAGAAAAAUUAUCACUGAUGCAAUCACUAGAUGAUGUUACUAGGCAACUGGACUUUACACAGCAGACAUUAAUAGAAAAAAAACAAGAAUUGGAUAAGUUACGGAAUGAAUGGGCAUCACACACAGCAGCCUUGACAAACAAGCAUUCUCAGGAACUGACAAAUGAAAAGGAAAAAGCCUUGCAGGCACAGGUUCAGUAUCAACAGCAGCAUGAACAACAGAAAAAAGAUUUAGAAACCCUCCAUCAGCAAAACAUCCAGCAGCUGCAACACAGACUAUCUGAUUUAGAAGCAGCUAAUAAAGACCUAACUGAAAGAAAAUAUAAAGGAGACUCCACUAUUAGGGAACUUAAAGCAAAACUUUCUGGUGUUGAAGAGGACCUGCAGCGGACUAAGCAAGAGGUCCUCUCUUUGCGAAGAGAGAAUUCUACAUUAGAUGCUGAAUGCCAUGAGAAAGAAAAGCAUAUUAAUCAGCUACAAACAAAAGUAGCAGUUUUAGAACAGGAAAUCAAGGAUAAGGACCAGCUUGUUUUAAGAACAAAAGAAGCAUUUGAUACACUCCAGGAACAAAAGGUGGUUUUAGAAGAAAAUGGUGAGAAAAAUCAAGUACAACUAGGAAAGCUUGAAGCUACAAUAAAAUCAUUAUCUGCAGAACUUCUGAAGGCAAAUGAAAUUAUCAAGAAAUUACAAGGGGAUCUGAAAACUUUAAUGGGUAAGUUGAAAUUGAAGAAUACAGUUACUAUUCAGCAAGAAAAACUCUUGGCUGAGAAGGAGGAAAAAUUACAAAAGGAGCAAAAGGAGUUACAAGAUGUCGGGCAGUCUCUUCGAAUUAAAGAGCAAGAGGUAUGCAAAUUACAAGAACAGUUAGAAGCUACAGUUAAAAAACUUGAAGAAAGCAAACAACUUCUAAAAAAUAAUGAAAAGUUAAUCACAUGGUUAAAUAAAGAACUAAAUGAAAAUCAGCUAGUGAGAAAGCAAGAUGUAUUGGGACCUUCUACUACUACGCCUGCCCAUUCUAGCAGCAAUGCAAUCAGAAGUGGAAUUUCUCCUAACCUGAAUAUGGUUGAUGGUAGACUGACUUACCCAACUUGUGGGAUUGGUUAUCCUGUCUCCUCUGCAUUUGCAUUCCAGAAAACCUUCCCUCAUUCGAUAUCAGCCAAAAAUACCAGCCACCCUGGUUCAGGAACAAAGGUUCAGUUUAAUAUGCAAUUUACAAAACCAAAUGCAUUGCUAGGAGAUGUUCAGUCAGAAGCAGUUAUUAGUAUGCCUUGCUCAACUGAUAAGGAAAAUAGUGAAAAUUUGGGGUUGGAAUCCAAAUACCUGAAGAAAAGGGAAGAUAGCAUUCCUUUACGAGGACUCAGUCAGAACCUAUUUAAUAAUUCAGACCAACAGAAAGAUGGCACAUUAGGAGCAUUACAGACAUCUUCCAAACCCACUGUGCUCUCCUCUGCAUCUUCAGCAUAUUUCCCUGGGCAGUUACCAAACAGUUAAUUCUAGUGUCAUGUUUUACUUUUUAUUGGUAUUUUAGAAACAGGUGCUUAAAAAGAUAUGUCAACACAAAUCAAAUCCUAAAUAAGCAAGUUUUAAAUUUUACUUGAGCUGUUAGACUAGAUCCUUAAAUAAGUUACAGGAACAAAUUUCUACUUGGGAAUUGGUAAAGAUUGUGAGUAAAUGACAUUUUUUGGUUUGUGAACAUGGUGUUUUAUAGAAUAAUAGUAUGAAUUUUAUUAAGCUAAUCUUUAGAAAUUCAGUUCUAAGGAAAGAGUUGAUCCUUAUAAGGGAGAUUCUAAUCACAUUGAAAAUCCGGGUAAACUAAAACUUGCUCAUAAUCUUA